AUGACAUCGUCAGCAAUAGCAGACGCAAUUUUAGAUGCUGCUAAAAAAUAUACUCUUUCAGUUUAUUUUGUUAUCUUAUUUUGUGGUCUCAUAGGUAAUCUAUGCAAUAUUACUCUCUUUAGUUCUUUAAAAGUUCUUCAACGAAAUCAAUGUGCUUUCUAUCUUAUGGUUGCAUCCAUUGUUGAUUUUGUUUUAUUAUUGCUUGUAUUACCACUUCGUGUUACUGAUUAUGUUUUUGGUUAUGAUCCAACAAAAUUAUCAAUCGUAUGGUGUAAAAUAAGACAAGCAGUUGUUGCACAAUUUUCAUUAAUGUCAUUUGCAUCGAUAUGUUUUGCUGCUAUUGAUCAAUAUUUAUCCACUCAUUAUAAUCCACAGCUAAGACAAUUUAGCACUUUUAAAUUAGCUCGUCGUCUUGUCAUUAGUGCCAUUAUCAUUUUGAUUUUACAUAGUAUUCCAUUUUUUAUCUUUUUUGAAAUUCAAUCAACAGCUGGUUGUAGUAUAUACAAUUUGGGGUUUUCACGUUAUUAUUCAUUUGUACAUUUUUGUGUACUUAGUGGGAUUUUACCUAUUAUGUUUUCAGGCUUAUCUGCAGCACUUGCUUAUUUAAAUGUUCGUCGUAUUGUAAGACAUCAAAUACCAAUAGUUCGACGGAGAUUAGAUCGUCAACUAACUGCUAUGAUUUUAACAAAAGUGGCAUUUUUAGUUGUUACAACUUCACCUUUUGUUAUUUUUCGUAUUUAUCAAAUUAAUAGGGCUGCUAUUGCUUCAACUAAUUAUAUUCAAAUAGCAGUUGAACAAUUAAUAUUAACUGUUACUUCAUCUUUAUUUUAUAUCAAUUCUGCAGUAAAUGAUAUUAUUCUUUUUGAUAUUUUUUUUUAA